AUCGAAAUGGCGUGUACGCUAUCAGCUCCCGCUGCGGUAAAUAGAAGGAGAGCACAACCUUUCAUAACGGAGCCAGAGAGAAGGCAGUUAGUCAGUCAGCAGAAUAGUAGAAAUCAGUUUACCUUUUCCACAUCUGAAAACUCUUUUAUAACGUCGCAGACUGCACAAUCUCUCGAACCUGGCUCAGCCCUGGUUUCGUCUGAGAUUGCGAUUGGAAAGAGUUCUCUUCGAUCUUUUGCGAAGCAUUCGAGAGAAUCGUCGCCUGCUAAAGCUAUAACGAAUUCCAACUUUUUCCUCACUCAACCCAGGGUGAAGAAAACAAGUAUGUCCCGAUCAAUGAAAAAAGUUGAAAGCAAAAUUUCAUCGGAGUCAGCAGCAAAUUCCACUCCUUUCCAUGAUGCCAGUUACUGCCUUGUGGAAGGUUAUAAAAACUAUCAACUAAGGCGGAAAUCUCCGAGUAAUACCCGUACGCAAUCUUUGACACCACCGGCGGAGCCUCCUUCAAAAACUGCCUCAACGGAUUUAUGGAAGAAACCACUCCGAUUACGAAAUGAGGACUGCCCUAGCACAUAG